AUGGCUGACUACAAAGAUCCCAUCUUCUUGAGCAGCAACUCUGAUAAAGAGAAGGCGGAUGCGACGGGUACCAAGAUCGAUGAGGCCGAUCUGCAAUCUCUCCUAGAUCAAUUGCGGCAGAUCGUGGCUGAAAAUGAACUUGACGUCAACUUCCCUGUUCAGAUCAUCGCUCAGGCGCGCGAGAUCCUCGAUGCCGAUACCAAGCAUAUUGAUCUCUCUCAGCUGCAGGAGGUUAUUUCAGAUAUUGAAAAGCAUCGUGACCUCAUUGAGAAUGACUCUCCCUAUCCGGAGGUCCGCGCUGUGGUCGACCCAACUGAUGACCCUGAAAUCUCGGCCAAUACUUUCCGAGCCUGGUUCCUGGGCAUGAUAGCUACCAUCGUCUUCACGGGGGUCAACCAGUUCUUCACCCUGCGCUAUCCCACUAUUGUCAUUUAUUCCAUUGUCGCUCAAUUGCUGUCCUACCCCUGCGGGGUCUUCAUGGCCAAAACCCUGCCUACGCGCCAGUGGAACCUGUUUGGCUGGAAGUUCAGUCUGAAUCCCGGCCCCUUCAACCAGAAGGAACACAUGCUCAUCACUGUUAUGUCUAAUGUCUCCUUCGGCGGUACCAAUGGCACAGCCUACGUGACGUACAUCUUUCAGGUGCUGAAAGCCAAAUCCUUCUAUAACCUGACAUCGCUGUACGAUCAAGCCGGUUUCCAAAUCCUCGUUACGCUAUCCACACAACUACUGGGCUACGGCUGUGCCGGCGUGGUACGCCGAUUCCUAGUGUACCCACCGUCCAUGAUCUACCCCAAGUGCCUUUCAACCAUCGCUUUGAACAAAGCCCUACACAGCGAUGAAGGCCGCGAGCGGGUCCACGGCUGGAAGAUCAGCCGAUACCGCUUUUUUAUGUACUGCUUCAUAGGCAUGUUCUUCUACUACUGGUUCCCGGGGUAUAUCUUUCAAGCCUUGUCGUACUUCAACUGGAUCAACUGGAUCGCCCCGGAUAACGUCAAGCUAGCAAUCAUUUGUGGGACUAUCACCGGGCUUGGCCUCAACCCCUUACCCACCUUCGAUUGGAACAUCAUCUACGCACUCUACGACCCUAUCAUCUAUCCCUUCUACGCAUUGGCCAACAUUGGUAUCGGCACCAUCCUGGGAGCCUUCUGCGUCAUUGCACCCGUCUACUUCAGCAACGUGUGGAAAACCGCUUACUUCCCCAUUAUCAGCAACGAUGUUUUCGACGACACGGGCAACACUUACAAUGUCACCCGCGUGCUGAACAGUAAGGGCGAAUUUGACCUAGAAGGCUAUGAGGGUUACAGUCAACCCUACCUGACGGCCGGGUACUCCGUCAUGUUCUUUUUCUUCUUCGCCAUGUACUUGGCAACUAUCGUGCACGUCGCACUCUACAACCGGCGAGAGAUCAUGAAGGGAUUCCGCACCAUAUGGAAAUGGGGCAGUGCGCGAGAGGAGCACGAGGACGUCCACAAUCGCUUGAUGAAGCAAUACAAGGAGGUCCCGGAGUGGUGGUACCUGGUUGUGCUGGCUGUCUCGUUCGUGUUCGGCUGCAUCGGCGUCGCCAAGUAUGACACCGGCAUGCCCAUCUGGGGUAUCGUCUUCGCCAUCAUCCUCUGCCUCGUGCUGCAGAUUCCAUACGGCAUGGUCUACGCCAUAACCAACUCUGAGGUAACGAACAACGUUAUUGCCGAGUUCAUUGGAGGAUACGCCAUCACCGGCAAACCUGUCGCCAACCUCCUCUUCAAGGCAUUCGGAUAUAUCGCCUGUGCCCAGUCAGUCCAGUUCGUGGCUGAUCUGAAGCUGGGCCACUAUAUGAAGAUUGCCCCGCGAGUGAUGUUCGCAGCCCAGCUGGUAGCCACUGUCGUCGGCGCAUUUGUCUCCCUUGGAGUAAAUGUCUGGGCUCUGGCCAACAUCGAGGACGUGUGUUCCACCACCCAGCCGGACAAGUUCACCUGCGCCGGCGCCCGAGAUUUCUAUACCUCCUCUGUAAUCUGGGGCGCCAUCGGCCCGCGGCGCCUCUUCGGCACAGGACAGAUCUACAACCCGCUGCUAUACGGCUUCCUCGUUGGCGCCCUCCUUCCCAUCCCCUUCUACUUUAUCACCAAAUGGCGUCCGCGCUCCUUUCUCCGAUAUGUUUAUAUCCCGCUGGUGUUCUACGGGAUCUGCGAUAUCUCUCCGUACAAUGUUACGUACGCGUGGUGUCCGAUGGUGGUGGGAUUCAUCUUCAACUAUUGGAUCAAGAGACGGUGGCAGGCCUGGUGGGAGAAGUACGCGUAUGUGUUCACGACCGCUAUGUCGUGUGGAGUGGCUAUCUCUGCCAUUAUUAUCUUCUUUGCUGUCGAGUAUAAGGAGGUCGAUUUGAAUUGGUGGGGGAAUGAGGUCUCGUAUGCGGGGUGUGAUAAUGAUGGGUGUACGUUGUUGGCGAUUCCGGAGGGAGGGAAGAUCUGA